AUGAAGUUUAACUCUGGUUUUGGCUGUGACAAAAAUGCUAAAAAGUUCACGGCCCCGGAUGAAGUAUGGGAUGCGUACUGUCAGGCUCACCCAAAAGAUGCAUACUUGCGCCAUGGGAAUUGUCCGGAUUAUGAAGACUUGGAAAUUGCUAUUGGAAACGGUGUGGCUGUAGGGAAAAACUCAAUUGGAUUGGGUAGUGCUACUGAUGAUAGGACAUUAGGAGCUGAUGAAAAUAGAGCUCCGCACAUAGAGGAGUUGAAUUAUGAUGCUGAAAAUGAGGCGUUUGUAGGACUGACUCAAGAUUAUCCGCCAUCAUCCGGUUCCAAAUCACCUUUGGUAUUUCCUAAAGUGUUUGUGGAGUCCACUCAGAGAAGAGCUCCCACCAAAAGAAGUAGAGGCCAGUUUGUGAUCAGGUUUGAUCGUUCGCAUUUUGCUACUAGUCGGAACUUCAAUAAAAUCUUGAGAGCAUUGAACACCAUAGCACCGAACAUGAUGGUUAAGCCGACAACAGCAAUACCCGCUAAAAUUCGAGAAAGUACAAGAUUUAAUCAUUUCUUUAAGGAUUGUAUCGGAGCUAUAGAUGGAACUCAUAUCCCGGCCAUGGUUACAGGCAGAGACGUAAGCAGUUAUCGUAACCGUCAUGGGGUGCAAUCUCAAAAUGUUUUGGCAGCUUGCAACUUUGAUUUGCAGUUCAUCUAUGUGCUUAGUGGAUGGGAAGGCUCGGCCCAUGAUUCAAAACUUUUAAGUGACACAUUAUCUAGACCUAAUGGACUUCAUGUGCCUCAAGGUAAAUAUUUCCUAGUGGAUUAUGGAUUUGCUAAUCGCCGUCAGUUUUUGGCUCCGUUACGUGGUGUUCGAUAUCAUCUCAAAGAUUUCGGUGGUCAAGGUCGUCACCCCACAAAUGCAGAUGAGUUGUUCAAUCUUCGACAUGCAAAAUUGCGAAACGUGAUUGAACGAAUUUUUGGAAUCUUCAAAUCACGAUUCACAAUUUUCAAAAUGGCUCCUCCGUUUUCAUUUCAAACACAAGCAGAGUUAGUAUUGGCUUGUGCUGGAUUACAUAACUUUUUUCGAAAGGAGUGUCGUACUGAUGAAUUUCCAGUUGAAGAUGAAGUAGAGAAUGCUGCACCAGAUGUUGAGAAUGAUGCAAACAAUUUAGAAUAUCUUUCUCAAAGCCAGCUGUCUCAGAGGAAUGAAGCUAAUGCAUGGAGAGCAAGUAUUGCUAAUGCUAUGUGGGAAAAUAGGUCAAUGUAUGGAAACGAUGGAAACGAAGAUGAUGAGACUGAAGAUAAUGUUUAG